CAGUUUAGUGUAUGUUAUUUCGAAACUCCUGGAUUAAUUCUGAAUUAUUGGGUUUCUCUUCAUAGAUUCAAGUACUUCACUCAAUUUCAAUCGCCGCAGAUAUAUUAUUGGAUAAUCUGGCCCUACUCUUGAUAUAACCCCAAUGCGAGUUAUUGAUAAAGAAAUAAGUUGAGAGAAAACGGUGGAGGGGAUGAGGUGAGCUUAUUGCUAUCGCCAUCGUUGAUGGUGGUGUUGCGUCGUAGAUGCGGGCGGCUACAGAAGUUUUUCGCAGCAGUAGUGGAUGUUUUGGGUUUUGAAAGUACCACUGUGUAAUUUAUUACGAGUUAGUCGAAGCUAUAUUCGUUCAAGAUAUUACUUCACGUCACAGAGGAAUGUCAGAUACUCAGAUUGAAAGACCUGUAAAAAUGGAAAAUACUGACGAUAAAGAAACUUCCUUGACGAAAAGCUGUGCAAAGGAAACUGAAAAAAUGAACAAUAAGAAAUUUCCUUUAAAUGCAUCGACUAAGAAGGGCAAGCAUGAAAAUGAAGCCAGAUUCAAAUUCGGAAGAAAGCGUUCUCAGAGUUUCAUUGCAGGCAACGGCAAAUUUUUUCCCCCGUAUAAAAGAAGGAAAAAAGACAGUAUAAUACCACCGACAAAGUUUCUUCUCGGCGGUAAUAUCAGAGAUCCUUUGAACUUGAACAGCCUGCAAGAUGAAGAAAUAAACAAGGCCAUGAAUGCUGUUACACCAAAGUCUUCUCCACUCCCGACGCCCCAUCACCGGAAAGGUGAAAUUGAAGUUAUUAUUCCGCCAAAUUUAAGGGAUCCACUAAAUUUAAUAUCGGGUGCAGAUGAUGCAGAAUACGAACAGCAACUUGUUUCUCCAACCAAGAAGGGCAGAAAGUCUAGGAACAGGAAAAAGAAACGCAAUUCAUCUUCUGGUGGUUCAACUAAAGAUGACAGUGUUGAUAAUGGUGUUUCUGGAGGUGCUGAAUCUGCUGUAGCUGUUGAAGAGACCCAAGAUAAUGAGAAGGAUGUUGUUAUAGAAUCAGCUGCACAAAUUGUUCAAACUGUGGAGGAUAAUGAUGCAAAAGAGCCAACAGCCACAUCUGAAGUUUCAAAAGAAAAAGAAAAGAAAAUACGGAAAUCUUUAGAUGAGCCAGGAAAAGAUAAGAGGAAUCGCAAAACGGAGCACACAAAAGACAAAAUAGUGAGCCCUGUUAUACCCCAGCCAGGAGCAUGGAAGCGGCCUCUUCCGUAUGGUCAUCGCAUUACCAAUCCUUCAGGAGCUGUGUGCAGGAACCGCCCAGGUGGGAAUCAGCAGAAAAAAGGUGGCAAUGACGCACGUCCCAAUUUUCGGGAAAAAGAUGCAAGGUUCCAGUAUGGAAACUAUACAAGGUAUUAUGGCUAUCGAAAUCCAAUGCAUGAGGAGGACUCAAGAUUAAAAUGUUUCAUGCAGAGGCCAGAGCUAUUUCAAGAUAAGGAUGUCUUGGAUAUUGGGUGCAACAUAGGCCAUGUGACACUUAUGGUGGCACGUGACCUUGGUGCACGUAGUGUUGUUGGCAUUGACAUUGAUAGGAAAUUAGUUGAAAUCGCACGUAAAAAUGUGCGUCAUUAUGUGAAUUGUGCUGAAUCUCCUCCAGGGGAUAGAAUGAUGUCCGAUUGCCCACCAAAUAGGUUUUUCCCCAUUUCAAUGCCUAUUUUGUAUGGCCCAGUGGAUGUGCCUGGCUUCACAAAAGGAGAAAGUCCAUCGGUGCGCAAGAAAUUUCCUCACAAUGUGUCAUUUGUACAGGGAAAUUAUGUAUUGGAAUCAGAGGCAUUGUUAGGCACAGAACAGCCACAAUUUGAUGUCAUUCUGUGUUUGAGUGUCACAAAGUGGAUUCAUCUUAAUUGGGGAGAUGCUGGACUUCGUCAGGCAUUCAGGCGCAUGUUUGCUCAGUUAAGACCUGGUGGACAUUUGAUACUUGAGGCUCAGUCCUGGGAUUCUUACAAGAAAAAGAAGGCACUUACGGAAACUAUUUUCAGAAACUUCAAAAGUAUAGAGUUUUUUCCUCAUAAGUUCACACAAUAUUUGCUUUCCUCGGAAGUUGGUUUUUCGAAGUGUGAAGUUAUUGAUACACCCAUACAUAGCUCUAAAGGUUUUCAAAGACCAAUUCAGCUCUUUACGAAGGGUGAGCACUCACCCUGUCAUUCAGUGGUGAGCACUGGUACAACACCAUCACAUCAGAUGGCUUCAAGCAGAAGCAGAAAACCAGUUUAUGCCAGUGUUACAACUUUGAGCGAAGAGACUGGAGAAGAGAAGACUGUAGAAACAGAGCAACAAAAAUCAAUGGAAGUGGGGAAGUGUGAACCAAGUACAGACAUUGCCAGUUCCCAUGACUUGGCUGCCGACAGCCCCAAUACAGCCAAAGUGUGUGAGCAUAGUGAUGUAACUUUAGGAACUGAGUCAUUUGAUUAUGAUUCUGGCGUUGUAGACAGUGUUGCAUCUCAGAUGGAGCUGUCUGUGAUAACAGAAGUUUCUAAAGAAAAUACUGUUGUUUAUCAGGAUUCCGUUUGUGAAAAUGCAGACAGUGUUCAUACGAGAAGUAGUGAUAACAGUAGUAAUGCCACUGCAACAAGCACUAGCAGUAGCACUUCUUCUUGUUCGGGUUCUUCACCUUCUUGCUCAAAUUCGGAUGUAGAACGAGAGAGGGGCAAGGCCAGAUAGAUGAAGCUGCAUUGAUAAUAAAUGUUGAAAUUGCACUGAAAUUGUUUUUAUGUUUUGUUAUUCUGGCACACUUUUAUUGAAUAACUCAUAUUAUUAGUAAGAGUGUAUGCUUUUAUCAUCAGUUAAGACUGAGGCAUUUAGUAAAAGUGUCAAGAGAUAAUUUUCUGCUUUAUACAAUACAUUUGUAAAAAGACCAAGAACAGUUUGUAGAAAAUAUUGUAUUGUUGUUAACAGUUGCUUGCUGUAAGCUUUAAUAAGUUUGUUCUUUGUAAAGUGUGAGAUAUAAAUAUAUUUAACACAUAUGUGCUUAUAUGAAACAUUUAUUUUUCAAAAAUUGAUUUUGUUGCAUAUUUCUUGUAAUAUAUUGCACAGUGUUGAAACUACAUUAUAAUUUUAUCAAGAUAUCAAAUUAAUUUGGUAUAUGUUGUCCCGGUGACUUUUGUCCUGUCAUUGUCUUGUCUUGUUUUGUUUUUCGUGUCACGUAUUUCCUGUACAAUAAUGUGUCAUAUUUUUAAUGCCCCUCUUGGGGACAUUAAUAGGUAGUAUUUCUCACUUAUUUGACUGCUGCAUGAAAUGUUCCAGUCCAUUAUGUUAUAUGUAAUUCUUUAUUUCAAAUGUUCAAAUCUAUUAUAUCCUCCUGCAAUCAGUGGUAUGUUUGUGAGUAUAUAAGUGUUUAAACACAUUGUUGUAUAGAUGUAUACUUAUGCACUAAAUAAUUGUUGCUAAAAUUUAAAAUA